AUUAUUAUUUCGCUCAUGCACGUCAGCGUGUGCGUCAGUCAAUGCCAUGGUAACGAAUGCUUGGCCCGGCCGAGUCUAUAUAAGGCGCGCAGGCGUUGGGAAUUCCCCUUUUGCAUUUGGACACGACUUUUAGAGAAGCAAACAACGACAGAUCAACAAACGAGCAAGAAGAUGGCUCAAAAAAAGAAUCGUGUCAAUAGCCAGAGAGAAGAAGAGGUCAUUAAAGGAAUAAUGGAAGAGGAGCGAGUAAAUUGGGCCUCCUCAUACAUUCAAGAGCGUCGCGAGCAGUUGCAGAACAUGCUAAGAAGCCUGGACAAAAAUGCUGCAUGGAUGACAGAAAAUGAAAAGAUCGAGAGAGUGUACUUGAAAGAUCAAAUUGAAUCUCGCAUACAAAUGGAUGCUGUGCAGUAUGAGAAAGAAAUGGAGAAAGAAAGACAGAAACAGCAGCAAGAGAAACGGAAAAAGGAGAUUCAUAAGAAAUAUGAAAGAUACAUCAGUGCCAACAAUGAGCUUCCAGACCUUAUAGAAAAGAGAAGGUUGAAAUUAGAGAAGAUGAAGGAAGUAAUGACACUGAAGCAAGAAGUGGCAAAACAGCAAAGAUGGGAGAAAGAAAUGGAACUGCGAGAGACCUUUGACAAGUGGAUGAAGAAAGAGCAGAUGAAAGAGCUAAAGAGAAGGGAGAAGUGGCAGAAGAAGGAAGAUGAAAUCGAGGAGAAGGAAGAGAAAGAGAGACAGCAAAUGACCAUGAAGAAUGCAAAAAAGCAACGGAAGAUGGAAAUGAGAAGAGAGAAAGCUGUGAAGAAAAUGGUUGAAAAGGAGAUCAAAAAGGAGGAUGAAAGACUGAAACUGGAAGAGGAGAGGAGGAAAAAAGAAGAAAGAGAAGAGCAGAAAAAGGAGAAGAAGGAGAAAAAGCAGGAAAUGAAGAAAAGCAUAAAAGAGGCAGAGAAACUAAGACAACUGUGUGAGAAAGAGCGAAAAAAGUACCUGGAAAAGGAAAGAAGAGAAAACAAAACCAAAGAAGAACAGAGAAAAGGAAAACAUCCAGAAGACUUUCAGGAUGAAGAGGAGAGGAAGCUGGAGAGGCUGACGCACAACACUAGGAGAUUUGUUGCCUGGGACAUCACUUGUAAAAAUGCCACCACCCAACAACAGAGCGCCAGUUUGAAAGGCGCUCCCUUCCCAAGGAUGGACCGUUGUAUAGGCCCCGUGUCCCUGGAGGUCAUCCUGGUGGAAGACGUGGAGGACGUCCUCAUCCUGUGCAUAUAGUCAUCAGUCUCCAGCUGAAGCUCAGGCACGUGCCGCGCGAGCUCCAGCUCCAGCUCCAGCUCCAGCUCCAGCUCCAGCUCCAGCUCCAGCUCCAGCUCCAGCUCCAGCUCCAGCUCCAGCUCCAGCUCCAGCUCCAGCUCAGCCACGUGUCGCGCACUUGUGCUUCUGAAGUUAAUGUUCACACAGAUGCAGCUGUGGAGGCCGGAGAACUUCAUUCAGCACCUUUAUAACAGAGAUGAGAUGCUGACUCCAUAUCAGAUAGAGGGACCAUAGGACCACCUGGAGAACUGUUGUCACUUGUGUUCCCGGAGGCUCAAUAACACCCUGCACCUCUUCCUCCAGCCUCAACUCCAGAUGAAGAGGGGCCUCUGAAUCCCAACCACAUAGUGCAAGUGACUGAAUCACUGCUUCCUCUGUGCUGUUGGGUUUGGAAGCUCUUCACACAAACAUCGGUAACUCACUGCUGGUCUCCCUCUGCCAGCAGAAGACCGUCAAGGCCAGCCAUGUCUUUACCCUCAGAGUCGGAACCGAGUCCAUCCAGCAUCCCGUCUUUGGGGAUUCUGGAGCAGACGCCAGCCUUAUUGAUGCGGAGCUAGCCGAGGGGCUAGGGGUAGCCACUUCACCCAUUUCAACCUUACCUUGACAUAACUCUAGUGAAUUGGCUCUAUAAUGAAAUUGAAUUGAAUCUGAUACAAAUUUCAAUAAAUUCAUUUGAUGUUAAACA